AUGGCGAUUGACAACAGAGCUCUGCUUCCACUCACAGCAUUUGCGCAGUACAAGUACGAGCAGUUAUGCAUUAAAUUCUUCCUCGAUUCUCUACAGCGUAGCAAUAGCCUGGCAUGGGUGAAGCACGCUGGCUGUAACGGUGUGGCAGCAUCCGACAACCUUGGAAUGAUCCAAGCUGCUCCAGCCGGCGUGGAAAACCCUCGAGAAGAGGGGGAACGACAGAAGAACCCUAGUCAAGGUGUGGCGACGCGAGAGAGCUGGCGGUGGCCUGGCAGUGGCCUGGCAGUGGUCCCGGGUGGGAGCUAUUCUCCAGCUAGCUGA